AUGUCACGCUCGUAUACGCAGCGUGAUAAGAGUCCCCACCUCCCUCUCUCCAUGUCACGCUCGUAUACGCAGCGUGAUAAGAGUCCCCACCUACCUCUCUCCAUGUCACGCUCGUAUACGCAGCGUGAUAAGAUCCCCCCCUCCCUCUCUCCAUGUCACGCUCGUAUACGCAGCGUGAUAAGAGUCCCCACCUACCUCUCUCCAUGUCACGCUCGUAUACGCAGCGUGAUAAGAGUCCCCACUCCCUCUCUCCAUGUCCGCUCGUAUACGCAGCGUGAUAAGAGUCCCCACCUCCUCUCUCCAUGUACGCUCGUAUACGCAGCGUGAUAAGAGUCCCCACCAUACCUCUCUCCAUGUUCACGCUCGUAUACGCAGCGUGAUAAGAGUCCCCACCUACCUCUCUCCAUGUCACGCUCGUAUACGCAGCGUGAUAAGAGUCCCCACCUCCCUCUCUCCAUGUCACGCUCGUAUACGCAGCGUGAUAAGAGUCCCCACCUACCUCUCUCCAUGUCACGCUCGUAUACGCAGCGUGAUAAGAGUCCCCACCUCCCUCUCUCCAUGUCACGCUCGUAUACGCAGCGUGAUAAGAGUCCCCAAGCACUCCUACUCUCUCCAUGUCACGCUCGUAUACGCAGCGUGAUAAGAGUCCCCACCUCCCUCUCUCCAUGUCACGCUCGUAUACGCAGCGUGAUAAGAGUCCCCACCUCCCUCUCUCCAUGUCACGCUCGUAUACGCAGCGUGAUAAGAGUCCCCACCUCCCUCUCUCCAUGUCACGCUCGUAUACGCAGCGUGAUAAGAGUCCCACAGACCUCCCUCUCUCCAUGUCACGCUCGUAUACGCAGCGUGAUAAGAGUCCCCACCUACCUCUCUCCAUGUCACGCUCGUAUACGCAGCGUGAUAAGAGUCCCCACCUCCCUCUCUCCAUGUCACGCUCGUAUACGCAGCGUGAUAAGAGUCCCCACAGCACCUACCUCUCUCCAUGUCACGCUCGUAUACGCAGCGUGAUAAGAGUCCCCACCUCCCUCUCUCCAUGUCACGCUCGUAUACGCAGCGUGAUAAGAGUCCCCAACUCCCUCUCUCCAUGUCACGCUCGUAUACGCAGCGUGAUAAGAGUCCCCACCUCCCUCUCUCCAUGUUACGCUCGUAUACGCAGCGUGAUAAGAGUCCCCACCUCCCUCUCUCCAUGUUACGCUCGUAUACGCAGCGUGAUAAGAGUCCCCACCUCCCUCUCUCCAUGUCACGCUCGUAUACGCAGCGUGAUAAGAGUCCCCACCUCACUCUCUCCAUGUCACGCUCGUAUACGCAGCGUGAUAAGAGUCCCCACACCUACCUCUCUCCAUGUCACGCUCGUAUACGCAGCGUGA